GUGCGUUACGGGGAACAGCUCUGAUUCCUCAGCUCGCUUGGGCUACGGACACCUGGGAAACUCCUGUACAAAGUUUAGUUCCUUCCUCACCAACAUGGGACUAUCUAUGGAAAUCAGUCAUAUUUAGCCGGCAGCGAAGCGACUGCUUUUAUUAUUAUUAUUAUUUUUUUACCACUGACUGAUUUUUUAUCUUUUUAAGACUAACUGCCCCAACGGAAGAGCGCCUGUACCUUUAAUACAACCCUGGCAGUUUCCAGUGAGUGAGCCGCCCGGAGUGAUCUAUUGGUGACAGCGCAAGGGGUGACUGUUACUGCCUCAGACUGGGGGGACCUUACUGUACUUGCCUCGCUGCACCCGCCUGAAGUGACAAGAUGAAUCUGCCCACCGCGGGGGAAAGCAUGAUCCUGUUACUGGGAUUUCUGCUAGCUGCUUGCCAAGCCCUGGAGAACACGACCAGCCAGCUGAGUGAUCCUCCCGUAGCAGCUGCUGUGAGAUCUCACUUUAAUGAUUGCCCCGACUCUCACAGCGAUUUCUGCUUCCAUGGAACAUGCAGGUUUAUAGUGCAAGAAGAUCUACCUGCCUGCGUGUGCCAGCCAGGGUUUGUCGGUACCCGCUGCGAACAUGCCGACCUUUUAGCGGUGGUAGCGGCCAAUAAUAAGAAGCAAACAAUCACCGCUCUGGUGGUGGUGUCUAUUGUUGCAACAGCUGUCCUCAUUGGAACUUGCAUGUUAAUACACUGCUGCAGAAUAAGAAAGCAGUGCCAGUGGUGCCGGGCUGUGUUCUGUCAGCAUGAGAAGCCCGGCAGUUUCUUGAAAGGUGGGGUUUCCUGCUGCAAAACUGAGACAGUGGUCUGAGUGAGAGAGCGCUGCAUCAGAUCAGGGCAUCUCCACAGCAGAGAGACUCCAAAGCCCAUCUCAGGCAAGGAACACCCUGCUCAACUCCUGAUCUCUGACUAAAAGCUGAGCUGCAGCCCCUAAACAGGGUGAAAGUUGAAGCCGAGACUGUGUUCCCUUCCCGAGGCACGGAAACCCUACCCAACAUGUCCUGCAAAAUGUGAAGCAGAGGAGCACAGUGACGGACUAGAUCUCCAUACAUAACGGGAUUCCAAACACUCUGAAUCUUAAACCAGCGACGGAAGGAAAUGUCAUGUGACCAGCUCUGACUCUGAUUUGUUACAGAAGCAUCUGCUCUGGGUUCAGUUGUUACUCCCAUAAUCCUUUGCUGCCAGAGAGGGCUGCAUCGCAUGUCCGAGUUAACGCAUUGCAGGCCGACUUGGCAAUUAAAACACAAGCUUAAUGUUCAUUUUUAUUUAAUAUUAAAGACUGAGAAAGUCA